CGCGCACGCAUCGGGCACAGGAGAGUUGCAUAAACCGUCCGGUUCGCCUCUAUCCGUCAGCAGCCAGGAGGCGGGGUGCUGCUGCUCAGAAGGUCCACACACACCCGCACACACACAGAGGAGCCGGGCCGGGCAUGUCCGAACACAUCCGCCCAGACCAGCCAGCCAACCUCCACGGUGAGCUGUCAGUGUGAGUGGGCUGAAACCUCAGCCGUUUUUAUUGUCCCUACAGUCAGGCUGCUCGAAGUCGCUAUGUUUUCGUGAGGGGCUUUAAACUCAAGUUAAUGGAUUCAUCUGCCGAAGACUAGACGCAGUGUUUUAAGUCUCUUCGUGCGGUUUAGGCCAUCAUGUCUUUCCCGGUGAAAGUGAUAAGAGACGGGCUGUUGGAGAAGCGCAGCAGCGGGCUUCUCCAGCUGUGGAAGAAGAAGCGCUGCGUGCUCACGGAGGAAGGGCUCCGCCUGCACAGCUGCAAAAGCAGCAGCGGCGGCGGCGGUGAUAACGCUCCGGGGUCGGCGUGGAGCUCCAGAGCCAAGGAGCUGCGCUUCGAGCGCAUGGAGACGGUGGAGUGCGUGGAGUACAAGAGAGGGAUGGUUUACUUCACCGUGGUCAUGGCUAAAGGAAAGGAGAUAGACUUUAGGUGCGCGCAGGAGGGCACGCUGUGGAACGCGGAGAUCGCCCUGGCUCUGGUCCGCUACAAGAACCAGCAGGCCCUGCGGACCGGGAGAAACCGGUAUAUGUACUCGCCACCUCUAGGCAGCACCGGGGAGGAUGAGGCGCUCUGACUGGAUGGCUCCGUAUCUCCAGCGUUUGGAACUAAUUGAGGUUGAGGAGGGACCCUUACGUCCACUGUUUUGUUUCUUUGCUGCACAGCAUCCUGGGAUGUGCGGAAAACCCAACAGCAACUAUGGAUCGUAGGACACGAGAGCACGCUGCUUGAAGUAUUCACUGUGGAUGGCAGUAGUCGUCUGUUAUAGAUUAACUGUUCGGAGACUCCUGCAAGAUGAAAACACGAGGAACUGUUGAGCUGAACAUGUAUUUACCCUUUGUGCCUUACUGUUACAAAAUAUUAAAACGUCCCUUUAAAUGAUUUUGAAACUGGAGUAGAAGCAUCGUGGUCCCCGUGAAGUUUAACAUGAAGAAGAAACUUGUGGCAAAUUCUCCUAAAUGUGUUUACCGAUAUGAUGUACAGUAUUAUAAAUAAAUUCAUUCUUUAAGCAA